CACGAAUGGAUAAUAAUGGUGUCAAUCAGAAAGUUCCACCUGCUCCCUGUUUGAUUGGAUGUUUUUCUGCCACUAUUGAUCUCCCCGCCCAUUACCCAUCAACCUCUUUUCUGAUUGGUAGCUUUCCCAUAAUUCCGGAUGGCCGGCUAGCCAAGAUGGCGGAGGUCAGCCGGAGGUUGGGGAGGGGAGUGUAUGUGGUCUUGAAUAACCAGUAUAACGCGUUAAACUCGGUAAGCAGCGGCGACCCAGGCACAGUCAAUCAGCGAGUACAAAAGAGACAACACAAGGGGGACCCGCCCGCUGGAGCCCGAGCUUUAUUAGACAGCGGAACUUUGCUCUUGAUACCCGCCGGCGACCGGUGCCAAUGUCAGCUGUGUAAACUGUCUGAGGUCGGUCAGCAAAGUUUGCGGAUCUCGGUAAGUCGUGCGCGGAAGCCGACCUCGAGUAGUAGCUGUGAUAAAGCUGGGGUACUGCGCAACGAAACUGCACACAGCUGCGAAGAUGCGUCCUUUUCAACGGCAGAUUUAGAUUGGGGCGUAAGGAGAAGCGCCAGCAACUUGCUAGGACCCACGUCUGCCUUUGAGGACGCGGUAUUUGUUUUUGUUAGUGACAGGCUGUUAUUAAAGGAGAGGGCUGUUAGGAAACAAAGGGACGUGCAGCUGCAUUCACUGGCUGAAGCCUUCUCUGUCUGCAAAGCCAGUGCUCUUGACUGUGCUGGCGCUUACUUGGACUUUAAUGUUACAAAUGGAGCAGGACCCUGGCAGUGUGCAGAUAGCAAUGGGUCGUUUGCAACUGACGCUGCUAACCCGGGCUUCAAGAGCAGCCCCUGUCUCGGUUCGGGUGCAGCAGGGUUUAAUAAAAGCAGGUGGAGGCAGCAGCUCCAGCAGGGAGCUCAGUGCAGCGUUUGGAAGGCGGUCUUGCUGCAGCCUCAAAACCUCUGGAGUCUCUCUUCAGCUCGAUCGUACACCAAAAACAACAGAACCAACGUCAGCCCACCUCUCUGUAAAAGCAAAACGGCUUAUUAUGACAUCCUAGAGGUGAGCCCCAGCGCCACUCAGGCCCAGAUCAAGACCGCGUACUACAAGCAGUCCUUCAUCUACCACCCGGACAAAAACGCGGGCAGCGAGGGGGCCUCCGUGCGCUUCUCGGAGAUCAGCGAGGCGUACAACGUGCUGGGCAGCAUCGCGCUCCGGAGGAAGUAUGACCAUGGGAUCCUGAGCCAGGCUGACGUCCAGAGAGCAGACAGGCCCUCGCCGAAGGACACGCCGGGCCCCAGCGCAACCAGCCAGCGCAAGACAUCGCGCACCACGCCGACCCCCGGGGUGGGGAACAAGCCCAUCUUCGAUUUCGAUUCCUUCUAUCGCGCGCACUACGGAGAGCAGCUGGAGCGGGAGAAGCUGCUGCGCUGGCGCCGGGAGCAGCAGCAGCAGCGGCAGCAGGACCUGCACCGGCGCUGGCAGAUGGGCAAGAUGACCGAGCUCUCCAUGGGGUUGCUGGUAGCGCUUGGGUUUGGCAUCCUCAUUAGCAUGAAUUCUUGAGGUGGAUUUUCUUUAAAUACCCUGCUUGCUGUGGAGGAGAGCGACUGUGCUUUGUCCAUCAAACCUUGCCAGGUCUCUCUCUGGUGGGGUUGGGGGUUGGGGGUUGGGGGUUGAAUGGUCACAGACUGUGCGUUCUGCAAUGAGGAAACCAAAGAUAUGCACGGACAACAAUUGAGCUGAUAUAGACAAUUAUCAAAAGAAUGAAUCAACUCACAAAUGGAGCAACACAGUCUACAGGAAAAGAUGCACACCUUAUAACAAGGGAGUGGAAAAAUACAAAUUAAAAAACAUUAAAAUGCCAUUUUAUUUGUAAUUAAUGCAUACACACAAACAGCUUUUUGUAAUGCGCUAAAUGACUUUAUGCACAUAUUUGUGUGUAAUUGACAACUUUUAACCCAUUUCUUCCCCUAGAAGAGACACACCAGGCAAGCUUUAUAUUUAAAAAUAGUAAAAGAAUUGUAAGAAAUUCAAUGAGAAAUGGAGCGACUAGAAGUGAUUUCAGUGUCUUCAAGACAUUGAAAAUGACUUCUACUUGAAACGUGUGUCACUGAUUUUCUUAAGCCUUAUAUUGCAACCAGAGAGCACCCCGCUCCACCUGCAUGUAAUAUGAAGUUUGCACGAGAGAGGGGUUUAUAGGGGAUAUUGCUUUGAGUCCUGAAACAUGGACAUGCACCUCCCCCUAACUCCAAGCAGUGUCCAAUCCAGCACUGUCCCUAUUCUCUCCUAUUCCUCGUAGGUGGAGAAAGAGACUGGAUUUCCUGAUUUCUGUUGCUGCUCUAAAAGCAGAUUCUGAAAGGCGGGGCUGUGAUGAACACUUCUUCAGAUGGCCUUGUUAAUUGUAUUUCCUGCUCUGGAACCCAUUCCCAGUGAGCACUCUCUGUCACUGUUCUGAAAUGUGUUCAUCCCUCUAUAGCUUCAGUACCUUUUCACUACCCCCUUGUUGUUAAGUUCAAGUUUUAGUUUCAAAUGUUUUCAUUUUUAAGCAAUGCAGUGCUCUGUGAGUUUGAUGAAACGUGCCUUUGAGAAUGUAUAAAAACUUCAGCUACACAGUGACAAGUGGAGCAGUGAAAAUGGUUUUGAAGACAAGGGGCUUUUGUGGUGGUACUGCAGCUUUAACAAAACACCUUUCCCUGCAUGCAAAAUAAGAUAGUACAGUUGAUUAGUGUAAUAAGGGGCACAAUUGCCCCAUCUAGUGGACACACUUGGUAAUACUGCUCAUGUUUUUGAUGCAAAAAACAGGUUAUAAAUUGUUCAGUUAGUAGACAGGACUCUGUCUGGUAUAUAGACUAACAUACUCCCAGAACUGUUGGUUUUAUAACCUUGGUACAAAAAUGAUCCUAUUGUAUUGAUCUGGUAUAAAGGGGUACGGUAUUCAGCCCAUCCUCUGUUUUAUCUAAAUGGAAUCCCUAAUCAGUUUUUAGAAUCAUCACAUUUAAGUGUUAAUAUGAUUUGGUGCUCUGUCUAGAUCACCAAUGUAUCCUUAAUUUUACUAAAUGGAGAGUUUGUUAAUGUUUGAAUCAAUGAAAGCGAUUAUGCUUAUUAGAGAGUCAGCAUUUUACAGGGGAAAAAAUCAACAAAAAAUAAUAUGUACAGUGGCAUAAACUAUUGAGGCAGUUACUGUAACUGUAGCUUUCUUAUUAAAGACUGUAAGGCACUCUUAGGGUCUUCUCUGUGAGAAUCCAGUAGGCCAAUGCAUCUCCUGGUCUCUGUUCACAGUCCUGUUACUCAUCUGUGCAUAAAGAAUGUAUUCUCUUAGGUAGAACCUGCUGUUUCCUUCAGCAGUUAUAACCCUGGGGAUUGCAGACACUCACUCAAUCACAGAUGGAUACAUAGAUAGACAUGGGAUUUUAAUCGAUUUCAUGAUUCAUUGAUUAAUCACACCCGUGGGCUUUGAUCAGUUAAACAAAGAACUGAUCGAUUAAGCUUGUCUACCUGAGUGCGGUAUGAUACUCUGCAGAAUGCCAGCAGAACAGAGUAAUCCACAUAUAUAUAUAUAUAUAUAUAUAUAUAUAUAUAUAUAUGUGUAUAUAUUGUAUAUCAUUAAAACACUAGUGCCAGAUUGGUUUGUUUCUUUAACCCUACCAUUGUAGCUGUACUGUACAGUAGAAAUACAUUGUGUCACUGUAUUGUAAAUAGAGAUCUCAUUUGAAAAAGCCAGUGUUCUUACUGUAUCAUAAUGUAAAUGCAAAGAGGGAUGUUCAAUGUGUAUUUAAUGAAUAAAGGUGACCCAUCGGUAGAAAAUGUGACAUACAGUACACAGUGCAACAAUGUGACAUAGUACACAGUGCAACAAUGUGACAUACAGUACACAGUGCAACAAUGUGACAUACAGUACAAAGUGCAACAAUGUGACACAGUACACAGUGCAACAAUGUGACAUACAGUACACAGUACAACAAUGUGACAUACAGUACACAGUGCAACAAUGUGUUGGGGUUUUAUUAUUAAAAAGAACUCACUCUGAAAAUAGCUGACAAUACAACUAGAAUGUUAAGUUAACUGAAUUACACUUGAUGUGUAAGAUAGGUAAUAAACGCCCAUGUUGAUGGUCAGCGAGGCUUCAAAAAGCAGUACACUUAUGCAGAUUU